GAGAGAUCUCUUGUGUGAUCUGAUCACCACCACUCCCUCCCUUGCCCUAUAACAGAAUGACCGGAGAUUCAAUCGCCGGCGGUAUGGAUUUAAUCAGCGCCUUGCCGGACGCAAUUCUCCAUAUUAUCUUAUCCCAUUUUCCGACCAAGUUCGUGAUCAGAACCUCCGUCUUGUCUAAGCGAUGGAAACAUGUAUGGUCCGACACACCUACUCUCUCCAUCGAUUGCAGCGAAGCCGACCCUGAUUCGUUGAACAGAACCCUGGCUAACUACUCUGCUCCCAGAAUCACGAGUUUCGACCUCCGUGUCAGCAGAAAGGCUCAAUACAUCAUCACCUUGGUCGAAUUCGCCGUUUCUCGUAACACCGAGAAGCUUUCUCUUGACUUCCGUGAUGACUGUGUUUGUUUUUACAGUUUCCCUGGUUCCUUCUACGCAAGCUCUUCUCUAAAUCAACUCGUUGUCGACUCUGGGGUUUUUGAUACGGUUCACGUGUCUUGGACAUCUCUAAAGGACUUGUCUUUGAGUUUCUGUAAAAUCUCUGAUGAGACUUUAGCUAAGAUCGUCUCUGGUUCACCACUGCUCGAAAGCUUGACGUUGCAUCACUGUGAUGAAAUUGGGAAUCUUGAUCUGAGCGAACUGAUGAAGCUAAAGAGAUUGGAUAUAGAUAAUGAGGGACCAACGCAGAUCGUGGCGCCGCAUAUCCAUUGUUUGAGAGUGAGACACUCUCAUAGGAAAUGUAGUUUAGUGGAUGUCUCUUCUUUAACCGAAGCUUACUUGAACAUCUACUCUUCGAAUUGUUAUUAUUUCAAAGCUGAUUUUGUUCAAGUUUAUGUGCUUAAUAUGCUUGAAAAGUUGCAGAAUGUGAAGAACCUUGCUUUUGGUGCGGCCUUUCUUCAGAUGUUAUCUCUUGCCGAAUUCUGUGAUAUUCCUUUUCCGAUGCUCAAAGUUGAAGUUUUGACUCUUGAGACGAUGAUUGUUCCUUCUGUCAUUCCUGGUAUAGCAAAGCUGCUACAAAACUCACCUGGAGUGAAGUUUCUGAAACUAGACUUAGUGAACAGCAAGAUGAUAUCGGAUUGGGAUCUUAAUUACUACUUGGAUUUGAAAGGCUUGGAUCAGAAUCAGUGCUGGAUACCAAAAGAUUUGGACUUCUCGACUUCUUUAGAACCGAAACUCAUGACUUCAUUCAUGGAAUUUCUACUGGAAAACACUAGAGAAGACAAUACAUCUCAGUACAAUUGGUGAGCGGUAUGCCCUCCUUUCAAUUACAGUGGGAAAGCUUUGCGAGUCUUAGAGUUCGUCCAAUAAGGUUUGCAGUGGAUAUGGAAGACUUGGAUAUAAACAAGACACUUUUUCAACUGGAUUUAUGAGGUUACAUUGAUACAACUGAAUUUGAAACUAAUAAUUGAGAUGGUUCUUACUUUCUCACAACAAACAAUUGUUUAGUUUUCUAUAGUCUCUUAUCAACUCAAUGGUAUUUUAGUUUUUAAAACG